CCUUCCUUCUUCCAGAUGCCUGAGGUUAGGGAGGGUGAGGACAUAUUAGCCAGUGGAGCAAACACCCGGGGAGGAGGAGCAGAAGGGCAAGAAGUCACAGACAGAAAGAGACAACAGGCAGGAUCCACCUCUCACCUCUUCCCAAGCUGCCUGCCAGCGCAUCUCCUUGGCUGCCAGUGCAGUGGGAGCCAUCAUCUGCUGCUGGACCGGGUGUCUCAGAUUCUUCAAGAUCAUGGUCAUAAUGUCACCAUGCUUCACCAGAGAGGGAAUUCAUUCAUAUCAGAUUUUAAAGAGAAGGAGAUAUCAUACCAAGUUAUCCCUUGGCUUCCACCUGAAGACUAUAACAAAGGAUUGAAGAAUAAUUUUGAUUUUUUUAUCGAAGAAGCUUUGGGUGGCAGAUACACAUUUGAAAAAUUCUUAAAAUUUAUGGAACAAGUAGGGCUUCAGUGCAGCCAUUUUCUAAGGAGAAGUGAUAUCAUGGAUUCCUUAAAGAAUGAGAACUUUGACCUAGUGAUAGUUGAAAAUUUUGACUACUGUCCUUUCCUGGUUGCUGAAAAGCUUGGAAAACCAUUUGUGUCCAUUCUCUCUUCCUCCUUUGGUGCUAUGGAUUUUGGACUACCAAACCCUCUGUCUUAUGUGCCAGUAUCGCGUUCUUUGCUAACGGACCACAUGGACUUCUGGGGCCGAGUGAAGAAUUUUCUGAUGUUCUUUGAUUUCACCAUGAAGCAAAGGCAAAUCCAGUCUGCAUAUGACAAUACCAUCAAGGAACAUUUCCCGGAAGGCUCUAGGCCGGUUUUGUCUCAUCUUCUGAAGAAAGCAGAGCUGUGGUUUGUUAACUCUGACUUUGCCCUUGAAUUUGCUAGGCCCCUGCUUCCCAACACUGUGUAUGUUGGAGGCUUAAUGGCCAGACCUGUAACACCAGUACCACAAGAAUUUGAGAAUUUCAUUGCUAAGUUUGGAGACUCUGGUUUUGUCCUUGUGGCCCUGGGCUCCAUGGUGAGCACCUUUCAUUCCCAGGAACUUCUCAGGGAGAUGAACAGUGCCUUUGCUCAUCUCUCUCAAGGAGUCAUAUGGAAGUAUAAGCCAUCUCACUGGCCCAAAGACGUCAAAUUGGCAGAAAAUGUGAAAAUCGUGGACUGGCUUCCUCAGAAUGACCUCCUGGCUCACCCACGCAUCCGUCUUUUUGUCACCCAUGGUGGAAUGAAUAGCAUCAUGGAGGCCAUCCAACAUGGCGUGCCCAUGGUGGGGAUUCCCCUCUUUGGAGACCAGCCAGAAAACCUGGUCCGAGUAGAAGCCAAAAAGUUUGGUGUCUCUAUCCCAUUAAAGCAGAUAAAGGAAGAGACCUUGGCUGUGAAGAUGAAACAAGUCAUAGAAGACAAGAGGUACAAGUCAGCAGCGGUGGCUGCCAGCAUCAUCAGGCGCUCCCACCCCCUGACCCCUGCCCAGAGGCUGGUGGGCUGGAUCGACCACAUCCUCCAGACAGGGGGUGCGGCCCACCUCAAGCCCCAUGCCCUGCAGCAGCCGUGGCAUGAGCAAUACCUGCUGGAUGUCUUCUUGUUCCUGCUGGUGGUCACCCUGAGCACCCUGUGGCUCUGCGGGAAGCUGCUGGGCAUGGUGACCAGGUGGCUGUGUGGGGCCAGGAAGCUGAAGAAGGCCUGAUGGGGGUGCAGCCUUGAUGGGUGUUUGGGGAGCCACUGGUUCUAGAAGGCUUUCCCCAGCACAGGGCAGCCCUGGUGUCUUCCCCAUAUUGGCACCUGAGGGUGGCACACAAAUUGCUCUUCACUGUUUGCUGCCUCUGUUUAAAAGUUCUUGUGAAACACUCUUGGGCAUCUUUUUUUUUUAAAAAAAAAAUUGUGGUAAUAUGUACAGCACAUAAAAUUGACCGUUUUAGCCAUUAA